AUGGAGUGGUUUCAACUAGACGUCUCGGUUUUGUCAACCAACACAUCUCAACUACCGGACCACGGGAGCGUAUCCGCAAAUAGCGAUUCCGAACCUCACGAAGUCCCGUCUGCGGUCCUUUCUUGUGGUUCUCGUGGUGUAUUCCCCAGAUCGCAGUUAACACAUCCAACUCCCCCAACGUCUGGGUUGAAGAUUGCUGUGUACGUCAUCCGGAUUCAAACACCGUGUGUUAGUCCGACCAUGACUGCGAUUAAAUUGCGACUACGGACUACGGACUGCGGUGUCAAGGGCUUCGUAUCACAUGUGAAGAAGAAGCAAAGCAACUACACCUCAACACCGAAUUCAUCUUCAGGAUGGCAAAUCGAGAGUUUCAUCGCAUUCAGUUUUGGUUUUUAG